AUGGGUGAAGAAUUAGAAAAUCAACAACAAUUAGAAAUAGAAUCUGGAGAAUUGUUGCCAGAAUUACAAUUAUUAUUUACAUUAAGACCAGGUAUGGAUCGACGCCGAUAUAAUGCUCAAAGAACUAAUGAAGUUGCUGCUGUUUUUCGGACGACUGCUGAUGGAGAAAUUCCAGAAUCAUACGUAACAAUACGUAAUAGAAAUGACAAAACUUUACAAAACGUUAGUACCAUGGAUCCAAAUGUUGAACCAUGGAUAUAUCCAUUAUUUUAUCCAUAUGGUACUCAAGGAUGGCAUUCGGCAUGUCUGGCUUUAGGUUUGAUUGAAGAUGAUGAUGAAUGGAGACGAGCUAUGCGAAUGAAGCUGUUGGAUGGAUGA